GGUCACGCUGCUUUUUGGCGGCCAUUUCUCUAAAAGCUCCGCAAUUUGGGCUGUCGUCGAAGUGCUCCAGUCACUAAAGACAGACGGGAGCUGGGUCGGCGGCGAGUAACCUGCAGCAUUUGCUCGUCGUCGCGAUGAGUUUGCCCCUCAAUCCCAAACCUUUCCUCAAUGGAUUAACAGGAAAGCCAGUAAUGGUGAAACUUAAGUGGGGAAUGGAGUACAAAGGCUACCUAGUAUCUGUGGAUGGCUAUAUGAACAUGCAGCUUGCAAACACAGAAGAAUACAUAGAUGGAGCAUUGUCUGGACACCUGGGUGAAGUUUUAAUAAGGUGUAAUAAUGUCCUUUAUAUCAGGGGUGUUGAAGAAGAGGAAGAAGAUGGGGAGAUGAGAGAAUAGCAUCUUUUGUUGGGAAUUUUUUUUAUAUUUGUUUCUAGGUAAUAAAAUGUAUGCUUGUUUUUCAA